AUGCAGAGGACUGAGGAGAGGUUAACACCCCUACGUACCAUAUUGGCCCGACUAUUACAAGAGAACAAAUUUAGAUUCAUUGCUCCUCAACCAAUGCGACAACCCCUAGAACAGAGGGACAAGAAUAAAUAUUACGCCUACUAUAUAGAUUAUGGGCAUAUAACCAAUGAUUGCAGGUCCCUCAGGCGACAGGUGAAAAAUAUGAUAGCCAGAGGAGACUUAGCAGAUUAUAUCGCACUAAAGGAGCAGCCAAGGCUGAGAGAAGUUAAUCCUCGGACAGUAGAGGGAAAUCAAGUAAAGGUCAUUCAUGUAAUACAUGGAAAGUCAGAGGAAGACCAAGAAUCAAAGAAGGUGUACCACUCCAGAUUGAGGGCAAUCCAUAAGCUAAAGAAGUUAUCCGCAGUCAACACUAUCGCUUCUGGCAAUAUUAGUAUCGGGUUCAGAGAUGGAGAUUUAUCAAGAGUGCAGCUUCCCCAUGAUGAUCCACUUGGCAUCAGUCUUUUGGUAGCAAAUUGUAUGGUUAAAAGAGUCUUGGUAGACCCGAGCAGCAGCGCCAAUAUUAUAACAAAGGCAGUCUUUGAGCAGUUGGAAAUCCCAUCAUCAUCAAUUUGA